ACAAAUGACAAAGGAUAUUACCAAGGCGUUAUUCCACAAUGGGGUUGUUAAGAGGUUUUAUUUUAUCCUCUGUGAGUAAAACUGUCUUGUACAAUGGGUUUGUUUUAUGAAAAAAAAUAUUUUAAAACGAUUUAAAUCCAUAGGCUGUAUGUUGCUAAAGAGGCAAGGCUGCAACAAGCCAGUGAGACAAUAUGAGGUUUGAGAGUAUGUUGUUACAUAGGAAGGCUGCAAUAUGGGGUUUGAGAGUAUGUUGUUACAGGAGGAGGCUGCAAGCUACUGAGACAAUGGGGGGUUUGAAAGUAUGUUGUUACAGGGCAAGGCUGCAAGCAAUAUGGGGGUUGAGAGUAUGUUGCUACAGGGGCACUGCUGCACCCCACCGAGACAAUAUGGGGGUUGAGAGUAUGUUGUUACAGAGCCAGGCUGUAGGCUGUAAGCCACUGAGGCAAUAUGGGGUUUGAGAGUAUGUUGCUACAGGACGAGGCUGCAAGCCACUGAGACAAUGGGGAGGGGGGGGGUUGAGAGUAUGUUUUUACAGGGCAAGGCUUUAAGCCACUGAAGCAAUUUGGGGUUGAGAGGGGGAGCAUCUUGGAGUGCUAUUCUAUCCUCUGUGUACCAAUGCUCCACAGGUGUGUCUGAAUUUGCUGACACACGUCGAUGAGGCCGUGUGUUGUUCUUUAGAGAACAUGUGUGCUCUUGACCCCUGCACACCUCCCACAUUCUGCCGUAUCAUUCAGAAGUGUACCGACGGCUCGUGCCCCCCUCAAGCUUCUUGUCUCGAUUGUUUGCCUAAAGGUGAGAGCUAUUGAUUAACGUAUGCGGUAGAUGCUAUGACGUGAUGUUUAAACAUCAGACGCAGAUAGUUUAUGCCCGCUGAGUAAAAUUACCCUUGAAAACGCGUCCAGUAUAAAGUGUCAAUUUAUUUUCAUGUCGUGGGAAAACCUCCCCUUAAAGUUCUUCUUAUUAACAUUUUCCACUCAGAGCUGACACAUUUUUUUUUAUUGAUUCUCGAUUAGCGAAUAUGCGCGUGUGUGUUCGUGUCUGUAAUUUUUUUUUUUUUUAAAUUUUGUUUUUUGAAGUGUUGUAAAUAACAAAUGUUGUCAGUUAGACUUAGACGCUCUACUUAGACGAUGUGUAUGUUUUAACACUUCUGUAAGAGUUAUCUCAAAGAUCUUUUCGCGCCUUUUGUAUCUAAAAAUAAAGUACGGUCUCACACAGUCUUCUGUGUGUCCUCAACUCUUAAUGGAUUGGGGGGGGGGGCAGUGGUUUAGCGAGAGAUUGUGCCGACCGGGGGCGAUAUUAGUGUUUGCUGCCAUCCCACCCCUCGAAAACACGAUAUAUAUUAUGCUUUUUGGCACAGUGAAACCUGGAAAUAAAGAGCUUUGCAGUAACGCUGCUCCUGUCAUAUGCACCAACUCGCCCUUCAAUGGACCAAUUUUUUUUUUCACCCAAGAUGAACCAGCAAAUAGCAGCAUCCCGGAAAUAGCACCACUUUUGGUUUGGUCCCAAUUCCCAAUGGGUUUGAGCUACUUAUUUCCAAGUUUCAGUAAUGCAUAUAUAAAAGUGUCUUACGUCACUUUUAUCAGAAGUUGGGGUGUGUGUUUGUGUGUGUGUGUGUGUGGGGGGGGGAUUAAGAGACCAUGCAUAGACAGCUAUGUGUCCCCUUGUUGACCCUACCCAGAGCCUAAAAAGCCUUAAUCCAACCAGGCAUAGUCAGCUAUGUGUCCCCAUGUUGACCCUACCCAGAGCCUAAAAAGCCUUAAUCUAACCAUGCAUCCAACCAAGGAAAAAUUAGUGUGCAAACUCAUGUAUAAUUACAUCUGACACAGGCCUUCAAGAUUUUAGCUGUCACCAUCCAAUCAGUCCGCAACACCCCCCCCCCACCCAAUUUAAACGUCCGAUAUUUUACCUUUACUUGGGGUAAUCCCACCUUUACUUGGAGAACCACUGAUUAGACUUUAGUGUUUCACGGACCACUGACCUAUAUUUCCAGGUAUCGAUGAUGUUUGCAACAGAAAUCGCUACAUAUACGCUGUGUUGGUUUGGGGAACCAAUGACAAGUAAGUAGGUCAUUUCACUAUAAUUAUAUUCUUGUCUUUUCUGGAUUUUUGUAUUGUUUUAUUUCUACUGUCGGUAUAUUCAAUCUGUUGUAUCAUUAUCCCCCGAAAAGAAAAAAAGUUGGGAGAAUAAUUAUGCUAUAACGUGGAGAAUACCUAUGCUAUAACGGGCAAAAUACCUAUGCUAUAACGGGCAAAAUACCUAUGCUAUAACAGGGAAAAUACCUAUGCUAUAACGGGGAAAAUACCUAUGUAUGCUAUAACGAGGACAAUACCUAUGCUAUAACUGGCAGGUUGAUGAAAAUUCUUUCGUUCACUAUGACAUUUAUUGAAAUAUCCUAAGUUCAAAUCUUACCCCCAAAUUAACGACAAUUCGGGAACCGCUGCUCAAAGUCCGAAUAAGUGACAUUCUUCGUAUUCUCUGGAAACCAACACCGAUUCAGAAAUAAAUAUCCUGUAACUUAUUUAAUUCCAUAAUUUAAAUGUUUCAGAUUCCCGACUACUCGAAGUUGUGACCCAAGUCUGCCAAGCGUCGAACCAAAUUGCCCCGAAGGAUCGGUCUGCGUCCCUGGUGCACGUGGUCGAGGCACUUGCUGCUACGGGAAACCAGAACCAGGCGAUGAGACCGCCCUAGGAAACCAGCCCACGUGUCCGGUCAAGAACCCUACCUGCCGCCCGAAAUGCAAGAGGGGCUACUCUUGUCAAGAAAUUAUCGUCCAGUGUUACGUCCCCCCGUGUGAAAAUGUAUUCGAAUGCCUUCCGGAAGAAAAACCUGGCAACUGCCCAAUGUUGCCUCUUUACGUUCCGGACGACUGCCCGAGAAACGAACGAAAUUCGUGUUCCAUAGACGCAGACUGUUACUACAAUUAUAAAUGCUGUUCUGAUCAGUGCGGGAUACGUGGUUGUCAGAUUCCGUUCAGUAAAUGAUUCUUGAAAAUACAUUUUCAUAAUUUUUUAUUUAAAUAAAAUUAUAUUAGUUCUUUUUUAUUAUGCAAAUCAUUGUUUCAGAUUCUGAUAAAAAUGUUGAGGAAAGUUACACAAGCGGUGAUGCAUUGUCACCUUAAAUGGAACAAAUAUACAGUUAUGUCAUACAUUGUUAAAAUAAUGAGAUCUUUCAGCUGUAGUCAACAUUGUCAUACAUUAAUAAAAUAAUGAGAUCUUUCAGCUGUUGUCAACAU